GAUUGUAUGAGAUAACUAAAGGAGGAAGAUUCAGUAGCACUUUGAUGGUGGUUAGAAUAAUAUUUGUAAGUUUUUAGUUUAAGAAAAUAAAUUAAAUAUGGAAUUGAGGCAAAAAACUGGUAAAAUAACAGAAAAAAGUACAAAUGAUGAAGGAACAAAGACACCAACAGCAAUGGAACAAGUUGAAUCAGCGUUGAAAGAAUGUAGAUUUGGAAGAUUUCACAUCAGAUUACUGCUAACAUCUUUUGUGGGCUAUUCGUGUGGGGUGAAUGUAUCAGUCACGAUACCGUACAUAUUACCAAUAGCGGAUUGUGAUUUGAACAUGGGUUUGCUAGAAAAAGGAAUUUUGAAUGCGAUGCCUUAUUGCGGAAUGAUAGCGUCGAGUAUGGUGGCGGGCUUCUUGACGGAUACAUUUGGAAGGAAGCGGUUUCUAAUAAUGGGAUUUGGAGGACUGUUCAUAUUCAGUGUAAUAUCCGGACUAUGUCAAAGCUAUAUUGUAUUAGUGACAUCGAAAUUCUUUGAAGGAUUACUAUUUGCUGCAUCAUUUAGUCCAAUGAUGACUCUCACCUCGGAACUGUGUCAUAAGGGUAUAAGAGAUAGAGUGAUGCUGAUCCAAUCGUCUUUUGUAUCAAUUGCACAAAUAGUUUUGGCAUUAUCAUCUUGGAGCAUUCUAAAGAACGACUGGAAGACUUCAUUCUUUGGUGGAUAUAUUGUUCUUAACGUAUGGAAUUACUACUUACUCAUCAUGUCUCUGUGGUCAUUUUGGGCGUGCAUUUUAUAUCUUUUUAUUCCUGAGAGCCCAAAGUUUCUUGUAUCCCAGCGGAAAUUUGAUGAAGGCAGGAAGGUUCUCUUACAGAUUUAUAAGGAAAAUACAGGGAAACCGGCAGAUAGUUUUAAAGACGCCAAUCUAUGGAAUUUAAAGGAAAUAAAUGGCGCCAACGAAGGAACAGAUGAGGGUCAAGCAGUCCGCAAAAGUCAACUGUCCAAGGGUUUUGAUAACAUUAAGCCUAUGUUCCGAAGACCAUUUGUAUUCCCCCUUAUACUUUUCUGUUGUAUAAACUUCUUCACAAUGACACAGUACAAUGUCCUCAGACUUUGGUUUCCACAAUUAUCAACAAUUGUGGAGAAUUACCGCGGCGAGAAUGGGAUUAAAGACUUCUGUGUCAUGUUGGAUACAUAUACAGGUGAUUUGAGAAUGAAACUCGCAAAUGUAACAACAGACGGUGAAGUUUGUGUGCCGGUACGAAGUGGCAAUGAAACAUACAUAAACAGCGUAAUAUUAGGAUGUGUCUGCGUCAUACCAUUUAUAAUCACAAGUAUCGCAGUCAAUAAAAUAGGGAAAAAGAAUCUAUUCAUUGCUUUUGGGUUACUAUCAGUGGGAUGUACCAUCGGCCUAAGAUGGACUGUAUCGAAGAUAACUAUGGUUACAUUGUUUUCAACUUGUAUUGCGUUAGCACAGACUAUGUUGAGCUUAUCUCAAGCUAUGGUGCUCGAAUUAUUUCCUACAACAACCCGAACAUUGGCGAUGAGUAUUCUUAUGUCUUUCGGCCGCAGUGGAAGUCUAGUUGGAAAUAUUAUGUUUCCUAUAUUACUCGAUAUGGGAUGUGUUAUACCUUUCUUUACGUUGGCAGGUCUUCUAAUUGGUGUAACAGUAAUGGCACUUUUUUUGCCAACGAAGUAGAAUUAAUUAAAUUGUGAUUAACAACAGCGUGUACUUUUAAAUACCAACUCAAGACUCGUCUUAAGUAUUCACCCAAAAAUGUAACUUAGUAUGUUAUCUUAGAAAAUCUAUUUUUAAGAACUGUUUGGAGAAGAUACGCUUGAAGGACAAUUUAAAAUGUGUAUACAGUAUAAAUCAGGUAGAGCUUAUAUAGUAAAUAAAUAAAAAAUAAUAAUUCAAA